AUGGAUCUGACAGAUGUGUUUGAACGAUUGUUUACUGGAAAACACUUUACCUCGGACGCGGAGUUUGAGCAGGCUUGUGAAACGUUUAAGAAGGAAACAGGCUGUCGAUUUGCACGGCGGCAUGUCAUUUACCGUCAGACAGCGCUUGAGGGCCUUCCGAACCUUCUUUUGAAGCAAGGACAGUUUACAUGCUCUGUUUCCUAUUGCGACGCAUUCUUUGCAGUGGGCUCGAAGAAAUCUGGCGUUUACGUCACUCGCUUCAACAUGCACCACAUUCACGGUCCUAUGCCUGAAGAAACGUAUAAUGUUGUCUGCGAUCUCACCGACGUCUUCCGCCAGUUCUUCCAAGUAGAUCGCUAUCGGACCUAUGAUGAAUUUCACAAUCUUCUCAUCGCCUUUCAAAAUCAUACUGGCUCCUCAUAUGUUAAGCGGCACACUGUUAGGUGGCCAGCAGACGCAAUUGAUCGACAACAUUUGGUCUAUGCAAGAGCUCAUUUCGAAUGCGUGCGUUACGGCUGGUCGGAAAGCAAUGCCACUUCCAGGCCUGUUGUCAGUAAGCGCAUUGGUUGUAAAGCUUAUGUGGUAAUUCAAACGUACAAGGGGUGGGUUGAGAUUUUUCAUCUCAACAUGCAACACAAUCAUGAGAUCACUCAGGAAGAUGCUGGGCACAUUGCACGUCAACCGCGUCGGCUUCAAACAAGCAAACAGUCGGGAACCACCAUCAGUAGUGGAAGCGGAAGUAGUAGCAAUUAUACAUAUCUAAGUGCUCCAGAUGUUGGACCUUCCACAGAAUGCAUGUCUCAGGGUGUUCUCCGACGACUGCAUGGACGUAGAGUAAAGGGUGAGGAUGAUUCGAAAGCGGAAGACUACAUCCUGGAUGCGGAAAAUAGCGGCAGAGUAGUGCUGACAACGCAGACAGCAGAAGAGCCGAGGACGGAAACUGCAGAGACGGCGAAAUUAGCAAUGCUGGACUCGCAAUUGGCGGCGGUACGAAACUUGGCACUUGUCGAGUACGGCCUAGUCGGAGCCCAUGGCGGGUAUAGCGAAGCGGCCAUGGCGAUGUGUACAGAGCUCAAAGAGAUGGAGGCAGCCUGGCGAUGCUCGUUGGCGGAAACGGAGGAACAACGAGAGGCAGCUCCUAUUCUGGUGGAAUUUGCAAGCGCUUCCGCAUCGGAAUCCACCAGAUCGCAAAAUGUAGUUCAGCUCAAUGCACAUCCAGUAUAA